AUGUCUCAAAUAGAAGUCAUAACGGAAUCUGUUAGCAACGGCCACAACGGCCAACUUGAAUCUAUCCAGUACACCCAGCUGCAAAUGGUGGGCCAUGGCUCGUUCGGUGUAGUUUUCCAAACGCAAUUAUUGCCCAGCAACGAGCUUGCCGCUAUCAAGCGAGUUCUCCAGGACAAGAGGUUCAAGAACAGAGAACUCCAGAUCAUGAAGUUGGUGCAUCACAGAAACAUCGUAGACUUGAAGUACUACUUCUACACGAAUAAUGACAAGAAUGAGCUCUACUUGAACUUGAUUCUCGAAUUUGUUCCUGAGACCUUGUACAAAGCUUCCCAUUACUACGUUUCCAAAAGAUUGUCGAUGCCGGCUUUGGAAGUUAAGCUCUACACCUACCAGAUGUUCCGUGCCCUCAAUUACAUACACUCGCAAGGGAUUUGCCAUAGAGACAUUAAGCCUCAGAAUUUGUUGAUAAAUGCCGAAACUGGCGUUUUGAAAUUGUGUGACUUUGGGUCUGCAAAGAUUUUGAACCCCGCCGAGCCAAAUGUCUCUUACAUUUGUUCCAGAUACUACAGAGCACCUGAAUUGAUCUUUGGUGCGACAAACUACACAACAAAAAUUGAUGUUUGGUCCGCUGGAUGUGUCAUGGCCGAGUUGAUCGUUGGCCAACCACUUUUCCCAGGAGAAUCAGGAGUCGACCAGUUGGUUGAGAUCAUCAAGAUUUUGGGAACCCCAACGAGAGAACAAAUUAAAUGCAUGAACCCAAACUACACUGAGUACAAGUUCCCACAGAUCAAGCCUAUUCCAUUGUCGAAGAUUUUCAAAAAGAUGUCUCACGAUUGCAUCAAUUUUUUGACCCGAGUCUUGGAGUACUCUCCUAUAGAAAGAAUCUCGUGUAUUGAGGCUUUAGCCGACCCAUACUUUGAUGAAUUGAGAACCGAAAGCACUAAGUUACCCAACUACAGAAAAUUGUUCAGCCAACAAUUCUACGGAGGCAAUUCUCAUUACCCUCACCAGUCCAAUGCUAGCUACCAAUUGUACUCUAGCCAACCCGAUGUACGUGAGUUGCCAGAAUUGUUUGAUUUCGAUGACAGGGAGUUGUCCAUGGAACCUUCGUUGAAUAGUGCAAUGAUCCCCGAAUUUGCCCGUAACAAACUAAAAAUUACUAGAGGCACAUCUUUGGAAGACUUUGUUCCUAUGACUCCAGAGGAGUUAGAGGUGACGUUGGAAUGA